GCAUCACGGUGUGGCACAAAAGAGAAGAAGAACUCGGAAGCGGAGCACGUCAAGACAUUGCUUGUCUUUGUGUUAUUUGAGCAUUUCUCGUCUCAAACUUGAUUUAUUAACUCGUUCCGGUCUGCCGUCGUCAUGGAGGUUCCGGGACCCGACAGCGACUGGAGAAGUCCUCAGUUCAGGCAGAAAGUCGUCACUCAGAUCGAGGAGGCCAAGAGGAAAGCGGGAAGCGGACACAGUAAGUCAAGCACGGAGAUGGAGAACCAAGUUUACAUCAAAGCCAAGACCAGAGAAGAGUAUCUGUCCCUGGUGGCCAGGCUCAUCAUCCACUACCGUGACAUUCACAAGAAGACCAUGGGAGGUCCGGAUCCCAUCAAUGCCCUGACUAACCUGACUGGCGUCGGAGGGGGCCCGGGCUCCAUCGGCAUGGGGCCCCGCCCCACCGGCGCCCCCGUCGGAGGAAUGGGGGCCAUGGCGCCCAUGCAGAUUGGCCAGCAUGCCAUGCCGGGGGUUUCUGGAAACCCGCAACCCCUGGGGGGUCCCGCCCAGUUGGCCAUGCAGCAGCAGCAGCAGAACUUGCAGUUCCAGCAGUUCCAGCAGCAGCAGUUCCAGGUUCAGCAGCAGAUGAGAGCCCAGCAGCAGCAGAUGCACCAGAACCAACAGCAGCAAAACCAGCAGCAGCAGAACCAGAUGCAUCAGUCCAGGAUGCAGCAGCAGCAGCAGAUGGUGCAGUUGCAGCUGCAGCAGCAGCACGCGCAGUCUAUUCAGCACAUGGUCCAGCAGCAGGCGCAACCGGGCCCCAUGCAGCCGCUCCUGCAGCAGCAGCAGCAGCAGGCCCCCAUGGUGCAGCAGUCUCUAGCCGGACAGAUGGCGAGCGCCCAGCACGUCCCCAUCAACUCGCUGAGUCAGCAGCAGCACCAGCUCAAGAUGCAGCAGGCCUUCCAGGCCCGGGCAGCGUUGCAGCAGCAACAUCAGAUGGCGGCCGCAUCAGGACAACUGGUACGUCCCAACAUGCAGAUUCCGGCCCGGCCGCCCCGGCCUCCGCUGGCCCCGGCCAUCCCGCCCCCCAACGCCGCCGCCGUGACGCAGCAGGUACAGCAGCAUGCCAUGAUGUCGUCACCUUCGCCAGUGCAGGUCCAGACCCCACAGUCCAUGCCUCCUCCGCCCCAGCCGUCUCCUCAGCCUCCCACCUCGCAGCCCAACUCGGCCAGCUCGGGUCCCACGCCAUCUCCCGGGGGGUUCCAGCCCAGCCCCUCCCCUCAGCCCUCACAGAGUCCAUCUACCGCCAGGACACCCCAGAACUAUGGGGUCCCCUCGCCUGGCCCACUUAGCACUCCAGGAAACCCAAACUCUGUGAUGAGUCCCGCGGGGGCGGCGUCCCAGGAGGAUCAGCAGUACAUGGAAAAACUCAAACAGCUUUCCAAAUACAUCGAGCCUCUGCGCCGCAUGAUCAACAAGAUUGACAAGAAUGAAGAGCGAAAGAAGGACCUCAGCAAAAUGAAGAGUCUCCUCAACAUCCUCACGGACCCCAACACAAGGUGUCCUCUGAAAACGCUCCAAAAGUGCGAGAUCGCGUUGGAGAAGCUGAAGAAUGACAUGGCCGUGGUAAGACAUGCCCCUUUCUUACAUCAUCACCCCCCCCCCCCCCGAAUCUUUACGUGUCUGCGUCUGUAUGCUUUUGGUCAGCCGACGCCCCCGCCGCCGCUGCCACCCAAGCAGCCCUAUUUGUGCCAGCCGCUACUCGACGCCGUCAUGGCCAACCUGCGCUCUCCCGUAUUUAACCACUCGCUACACCGCACCUUCGCCCCCGCCAUGGCCGCCAUUCACGGGCCGCCCAUCACUGGUCCGCUGGUUCUGUCACGGAAGAGGAAGCAGGACGAGGAUGAGCGUCAGACGGUCCCCAACAUCCUGCAGGGGGAGGUGGCCCGGCUGGAUGUCAAGUUCCUAGUGCACCUGGACCCGGCCCACUGCAGCAACAAUGGUGCCGUGCACCUGCUCUGCAAGCUGGAGGACAAAAACCUUCCGAGCGUUCCGCCGCUGCAGCUCAGCGUUCCCGCAGACUAUCCGGACCAGAGCCCCUAUUGGUCUGACCACGCCGACCAUUACGGCGCCAACCAUUUCCUGCAGGCGGUGCAUAGGACCCUGGCGUCCAAGCUGCUGCAGCUUCCCGACAAGCAUUCGCUGACAGAGAUUCUGCACACGUGGGCACAGAGCGUCCGCCAGGCCUGUUUGUCCGCCGCGUGAUCUCACUGCCGCGACCAGCAUCUUAAAUGGCAACCUCUCCUUAUUAUUAGUAUUUUUUUUAAAUAAAACACCUGCCCGAA